UCUGAACUUCCCAUCUCACAAUCUCUCUCAUAGUUCAUCAUCUUCUUCAAUUGUUAUCUUCUCAUAAUAGUGUUAAAGAAUCAUUUAUAUUGAUUUCUGAGACAUGGGUUUUGCACUAAAAUACUGUUGCUUACUUUUCUCUGUCAUGGUGCUUUUGCCUGCACUUUGCUACUCUGAUCAAGACUAUUUUGUGUCAUCUAGAGCAACCUUCUAUGGUAGCCCUGAUUGCUUAGGGACUCCAACUGGAGCUUGUGGCUAUAGUGAAUAUGGAAGAACUGUUAAUGGUGGUGAAGUGACUGGAGUUUCUAGGCUGUACAGGAAUGGAACUGGCUGUGGUGCAUGCUAUCAGGUUAGGUGCAAGGUGCCUAAGUUAUGCACUGAUGAUGGAGUGAAGGUGGUGGUGACCGACCACGGUGAAGGAGACCACACAGACUUUGUCCUCAGCGCACGAGCUUACACAAGACUCGCCUUCCCAAACAUGGCUGCAGAGCUGUUGGCGUACGGCGUGGUUGACAUAGAAUACCAGAGAAUCCCCUGCCGGUACCCUGGUUACAAACUCAUGUUCAAGGUCCACGAGAACAGCAGGUUCCCGGAGUACCUAGCCCUAGUCGCCUUGUACCAAGCAGGCAUAAACGAAAUCACAGCAGUCGAAUUGUGGCAGGAGGAUUGCAAAGAAUGGAGGGGCAUGCGAAGGGCCUAUGGCGCGGUCUGGGACAUGGCCAACCCACCAAAGGGUGGACUUGACCUGAGGUUCCAGGUGAACGGCUAUGCCGGGGUGAAGUGGAUGCCGCUGAGGAAUGUGAUCCCUGGUGACUGGAAGGCUGGGGUUGUUUAUGAGACAGGCAUUCAGCUCAAUUGAGCUCUAUAAAAGUCCCAUAAUCUACAUGUGUAUAGCAUGGAGAAUUAGGAACUGCUUAAUAGUUAUUUUCUACUCGUAAUAUUUUAAGAGAGCAAGUUUGUGUUUGAAUGCAGUGUUAGAGAUGGUGCUGUUAGCUUUGCUGAAUAAAGAAUUGGGGUGUGUACUUUGUUUAGGCAGAGAACAUGAAUAAAUUCAGAUCUUUUGGCCAUUA